GAGACAGAAUUUGUGGAAGUGCGGAAAGAUCUGAAAGGUUACAUCAUCGGAAAAGAUGGAUGUUCGAUUAAACAGAUCAUGAAGUCUUCAGGCGCACUGAUCACAUCGCCGCGAAGAAAUGACGGAGGAUUUUUUGUCCGGGGGGAUGCUGGACAAAGAAAAUGUGCUAAGAGGCUCAUAUUAGAGAAAGCAGUAAGUGCGGUGUGUAAUAAUAACAUAAGGGAGCAUUUAUAAUUUACCUAGAGGGUGGAAUAUGAUGAUUUUGAGGGGGGGUCACUCUUUUUCCCUACUAUGAUUUGGCGGGGGGGGCUGUGGAAAAUUUCCAACGAAGAUUACGUCGAGCAUAGUGGGGGGGGGGGCAACAUUUUUUCCUGAAAAAGAAAAGUAUGCUAUAUAGCGUCCUGUAAACAGUAUAGUGUCUAACGUCAAUUUUCUCCUAACGAUAUCCAUACAAUGUCAAUAGAUUAGAUUAUGAGAAUUAAUAAAGUGAUCACCUAAGGGAAAAUGCCAUGAUCUUUUAUCAAAUUCUCUCAACUUAUUCUUGAAGGAAAUGUAUAGCGAUCAGUUUGGAGAAUUUGUGUGUGGAUCUUGGUUAAAAACACUCCACUAACAACUGGCCAUGAUCUGCAAGUUGUUACUGAUCUACUAUGUUAAUUACUAAUAAAGCUCAAUAUACCUGUCACAAGACUUUGAUAUGGCUAAGGGUAAGUUUGACAUGUUGUACUUAUGUGCUGGGGGAGGGGGGGAGGCUAUGAUAUUUUCCUUUGAUAAAUCAACAUCUCUUGAGGGGGGGGGGUCAGCAAAAAAAACCCUGAGAUGAUCAGGGGCGGGCUUCAAAAAAAUGAAAGGAAAAAAUAAGGAAAUCAUCAUAGCCCACCCUCUAGAUAAAUUAUGAAUGCUCCCUAAUAACAAAUAUUAUGGAUUUAGGGUGAUUCAGUGUUUGUUGUUUGUAUAAGGCUUUGCUUGCAUGAACCGUUAGUCUUUCCAUUGUGCUCAUAAUAAGCCAUGAAAUAAAUUAAACAUUUCUCCUGUCAUUUGGAGACACAAAAUAAAUACAGUUAAAAUGUUUUUAAUACUAGAUUUAUAAUAGGUGCACGCGAAUUAACAAAUUUACUUACUUCCGGGGUGAGGACUUCAAAUAAUUUCCCUUGCUCUUUCCUCUACAGAACGAAUUACAGGUCAAGAAAUCUGAGAUAGCUCCGACUUUUGAAUUGGUCGAAAUUCCAAGUGAAUGCAAAGGCUUUGUGAUAGGUAGAGGAGGAGAGAACCUUAGACAUAUCAGCAGUAAAACAGGAGCAGAUUUGAUACGUAAAGAUGGUAAUGUGUACUUGGCCAGCGGAACAGAAGAACAAAGGCAACAUGCUAAAAAAUGUAUCAUAGAAAUAGUGGUGAGUCAUCUGCUCAAAUUGUCUUCUACGGCAAUUAUCAGGCCCUGAUUACAUGAGACCGGUGAGAACACAUACCAGUAAGACGUGAGAUCAUUGAAUCUCAGUGCUAAUGCCUGCUUCUACUAACUGAAGAUAUGGGUUCUGAGAUUAUUUGCCAGAGUGGUGUUAUGUACAAAGGCCCAUCUAAAGGCCCGAACAGCCUUAACAAAAAAUUUAUAUAUAUGUAUAUAUAUGUUUCAUUAAAAUAAUUAACUUUGGCCACAAAAAUCAUCCAUCUGCGCAUACGGUCAAUACGUAAGUACAAUUGUUGCUAGGUUUAGCCUUCAAAAAGACUGUCUGUAUACAACUAGUUAUUUAUAGUCUUUGUUGACAGCAGGUAAAACAAGGCUAAUAAAAAGUUCACUGUCUUGUUUUCUGGCAUAAACGCAGAGGAGGAAAUCAGAAGAAAACGCUCCACCUGGUGAAUUUGUGGACAUUCCAAGCGCAUUCAAGGGAUUAGUCAUAGGUAAAGGAGGAGACAAUCUCAGCUUUAUCAGCACUAAGACAGGAACAAAACUGAUUCGCAAAGAUGGUGAGGUGUACAUAGUAAGUGGCACCGACGAACAGAAGGAACAGGCCAGACUGCACAUUAAAGUAGCUACAGUAAGUAUACUGAAAUAGCUUAAUUUCCUGUUAUUAUAUGCGUGCAAACUAGUCUUAGCUGUUUCUCUUCACAACAAGAUAGCUUUUUUGUUUGGCAGGGCCGUAGCCAGGAAGAAACUACAACCGAGGCGAACACACGGUCCGUUGUACGAAAUCAGCCGUAUGAAAUCUUCUAAUAUUAUCAGUCUGAUAAAAAAAAUAAAAAUCGACAGUAUUUGGUAAACUUUUGCCGAGGCGAGUGCCUCGGUUCGCCUCAUACUGGCUACGGCCCUGUUUGGGGUCUUAAUCAGUCCUAACUUUUUGCCUAAUUUUUUGUAGGCUUUUGCAAGGAUUAGGGGUGUAGAAAAUGAAUACACGAAAUUUAGCUGCUACAUCGAUGAGUAUAAUCUUCCGACCCCUAAACUAAAAUUUGAUGAAGUGUUGUCGAAUGCUCCUCCUGGCGCACACCCAACACAGUACCGAUUGAAACC